AUGGUUGCUAGUUUGUUCGUCGAGGCGGCACGCGGGGCGCAGCUGGAGGUGCUGCGACAGGCGACGGUCUGGGAGCGCAUCUCCGUCGCGACGACGCUCGCGAUAACGUUCGCGAAAGAGCUGGUCGGAAUAUUCGGUAACGCGCCGUACGGGUUUCACGCCAUGGCGAUGUAUCGGAGCGUGUUCUACGCCAGUAAGCGCGGCUUGGAAGGUCCGCGGAGCAGUAGCGGAAGCGGAAGCGGGGAAAUGGAUGCGGCGGGGGGGGAGAUCGCGCGCGGUGAAGCGGGGGACGCGGAAAGCCCGUCCGCGGCUCGGCGGUCGGCGAUCGGGAUCCGGAAAAUGCGGAGGCAGCUGACGUCGACAGUGUGGAACUGGGCGUCGUCGAUGGAGGCGAUGCUGUGGCAGGGUCUGCCACAUGGCGGCGUGCGAGUGGUCUACGAUAUCCGCUACGGCCCGCGUCCGCGAAACACCCUUGACAUCUACAUGCCACCAGAUCUGCCACUUGACAGCAAUGCAGCAGAAAGCAGUAGUAGUAGCAGCAGCACUGGUGCCAUUGCCACUGGCAGCAGCGCUACCAGCAGCAGCAGCGGCAGCUGUAGCGAAGGAAGCAAGGGGCGGCCGGUGUUGUUUUUUGUGCACGGAGGAGUGUGGGCGAGUGGCGAGAAGUGGAUGUAUUCUCCCCUCGCGAUCCGAUUCGCUCAGUCUGGAGCGGUGGUGGUUACCAUCCAAUACACCCUCUACCCUGAGGCCCUAGCCAUAGACCAAGUACAAGAAACAAGUAAGGCGCUCUCAUGGGCCAUGGACCACGUUCACGAGUAUGGGGGCGAUCCCUCACGGAUCUUCCUCGCAGGCCACUCCUCAGGCGCCCACGUCUGCUCCAUGGUUGUGUGGCGCCGCCUCAGCCCACCACCAGAGGCACGAGCAGAGACGGGGCGUGUUCGCUCUCUCAGCCAUGUCGCCAGCUAUCGGCGGCCCGGCACGGUUCGUCUCAUCCUCGCCUGCCCUGCUGUUUGA